AUGGAUGUGAAAGUGAAGACCAAACGUAUGGGCAGUUCCCGGAAGCAUAAGAAGCAUAAAGACAAGGAUAAGAAGAGUGACUUCGAGACCAACACCAGUGAACAGAAACCUCUUCGGCUGGUCCUCAAAGUGCCGACCGUUUACUCGUCGCAGUCGAGUCCCAACACCAGCGCACAGACGGCGCCCCCACUCGAGCCUCACGUGGAGGCCAUGGAUGAGGGCGAGAGUCCGCCCAAACUCAUGGCAUUCAGCGGUCUUUCGCCGCAAACGAGUCAAACGUCUUCGAAGAAAGUGAAGAAAAAGAAGUCGAAGAAAAAACAUCGAAAACAUUCGCACCAUUCGGGGCACCACUCGCGACAUCGGCACCGAUCCCAUCAUCGCAGACAUCACGGCUCCUGUUCUCACCACUCGAGACAAUCGCAAGACUCGACUCAAUCGCUGUCGACGGCUCUGUUGCCGACCACGAAAUCGCCGCAAAAGAGUUCCGGUUCUUCCAAGAACGUCAUGAGGAGUUAUCCCGGACUCAGCAGUUAUGAGUUGGGCUUCCAUUUCGAGGACCACAACGCUUCCACCUCUUUGGCCGAAUCCGAGGUCCGUCACAGUAAAGGAUCAGAUUUAGUAAGUUUGACGCCAAUGACUGUCGGAGAGACUCUGCCGUUGGUUGACGAGCGACAGGAACUACAAGAGGCGGAGGCCAUGGAUGAGGACGGGCUCACACCCGAACAGAUCCUCGAAGAGGCCAAAAAGGCGGCACAAAUGGCUGCCGACAGACUCACUCUUGAGCGACCAAAUGGCGCCAACUUAUCCUUUUUAAGACAGCGAUCAGACGGAAGCACUACUCUAUCUAUUGUUGGGAACCAUAGCUAUGAACACAACAUUAAUUUGGAGGCACUGGUGGGUAAACUGGUUGAGGGAACCGCUGCUAUGCCGCCCUAUGAACACAACAUUAAUUUGGAGGCACUGGUGGGUAAACUGGUUGAGGGAACCGCUGCUAUGCCGCCGUUCAAAGAAGCUGAAGUGAACCGCAUUAAACCCAUUGAAUCAGUGAACGAAAGUCCGUUUUGUUCGUAUUUGCCGUAUUUGGACACUUCGAAGGCAAACCUCAAUGAAGAGGACAGCGCUCUACUGCUGUCUACUUAUGGUGACGACGAGUUGGGUCUCCAAUACGCUGAGAGUAUAACACAGUUCGCUCACGAGACUGACUAUGUCCUCAAUUUAGUGGACUCUUUGCUCGAUAUCCUAACCCACGGACAGCACCAGAAGAUUGCCAUAAAAAUACGUGAGAAGCAAAAGACUGCUGAAAACGAGACAUCUGUUCAGAAGUCUAACACUGAGGCAAUAAAUACUGAGACGAAUACUAAUGGGAUUCAGACUCAACUCAACGAAACUGGGUCUCUGAUCGGACAGUUAGAAUCACUACAAUAUCAACGCCUGUCCUCUUCUACUCUACCCAUUAAGCCGUCGGCAGAGGAGGAGAAACUGGCGAAUCAGUUGUCAUCUAAAUUAACUGAUAUUAUAGGAACUCAUGUGGCGCCUAAAGAAGUUUCAGAAAUCAAUUCAAUCCGAAAAGCGAUGGGAAUUAGGAUUAAAACAGAGAAAUGA